AUGAAGCCCGCGAGAGCAGUAGUACCAAGUCAAGGCAUUCAGAAGAUGAUUAUUUCGAAUAUGGCGAAUGUAUUCAGGACCUUGCAGCGGGCUGUUGUAGGGUCAAAACUGGGCAUGUCCGUUGGUUCCAAUACCUUGGGCAACGUACCAGCCGCCCCUAUGCAGACGCAUGCAGUAAUGCCAGACCCAAAGAAACGCAAAUAG